CGCAUCCUAUCUAGCUCUCGCAGCAGCUACCUAGCUAGGCUACUGUUGUGGUGAUUCGUGUGAUUUAAUUUCUUUGUAAUCUUUUCCACCGAAAAAAAUAAUGGUGACCGUUGAUGAAAUUCGGAAGGCGCAGAGGGCAGAGGGCCCUGCCACCAUCUUGGCCAUUGGAACAUCAACCCCUCCGAAUUGUGUUGAUCAAUGCACCUAUCCUGACUACUAUUUUCGGAUCACAAACAGCGAGCAUAAGGUGGAGCUUAAAGAAAAGUUCAAGCGAAUGUGCGAGAAAUCCAUGAUCAAGAAGAGAUACAUGCACUUGACCGAGGAGAUCUUGAAAGAAAAUCCUAGUGUAUGCGAAUACAUGGCACCUUCAUUGGAUGCUAGGCAAGACAUGGUGGUGGUGGAGGUCCCAAAGUUGGGCAAAGAAGCAGCUGUCAAAGCCAUCAAGGAAUGGGGCCAGCCCAAGUCCAAAAUAACCCAUUUGGUCUUUUGCACAACCAGUGGUGUUGACAUGCCCGGGGCUGACUAUCAACUCACUAAGCUCUUGGGUCUCCGCCCAUCGGUAAAACGUUUCAUGAUGUACCAGCAAGGUUGUUUUGCUGGCGGGACGGUGCUUCGUCUAGCUAAAGACCUUGCCGAGAACAAUAAAGGUGCUCGCGUGCUAGUCGUGUGCUCAGAAAUAACAGCAGUGACAUUUCGUGGCCCUAGUGACACCCACCUCGAUAGCCUUGUGGGUCAAGCGUUGUUCGGCGACGGCGCGGCUGCUAUCAUAAUAGGCGCGGACCCUGUGCCCGCGAUCGAGAAGCCUUUGUUUGAGCUGGUGUCUGCAGCCCAGACUAUUCUACCCGACAGUGAUGGGGCUAUAGAUGGACAUCUUCGUGAAGUUGGGCUUACAUUUCACCUGCUCAAGGAUGUACCUGGGCUUAUUUCAAAGAACGUCGAAAAGAGUCUGACCGAGGCUUUCAAGCCCUUGGGCAUCUCGGAUUGGAACUCCCUUUUCUGGAUUGCGCACCCUGGUGGACCUGCAAUCCUGGACCAGGUGGAGGCUAAGUUGGAGCUUAAACCUGAAAAACUGCGAGCCACUCGACAAGUACUGGCCGACUACGGUAACAUGUCCAGUGCAUGUGUGCUCUUUAUUUUGGACGAGAUGAGGAAGAAAUCUGCCGAGGAUGGGCUUAAAUCUACUGGAGAAGGAUUGGAAUGGGGCGUCCUUUUCGGGUUUGGGCCUGGGCUUACUGUUGAGACUGUGGUGCUCCACAGUCUGCCUGCCGCAAUUUAGAAGCUGCUUCUGUUGAUUUACAAGGUCACCGUGCAUUUCAACCUUCACGGCACUGUUUUUCUUCAAUUUGGUUUUAUUUUCUUUUCCCUCCGUACCUUUUUUAUUCGAGCUUUCUCUCUUCUGAGAGAGCCAGAAGUGUGGAAGAGAUCAAAAUUGUUGUGUCUUGCUUUACCUUCAUAAUAAAUUGUAUUUGAAAA